AUGUCGGGCCAGAACAAUUCCGAGAGUGAUCCAACACUCGGCGAUGCACUCGCGCAGGAUGAGAUAAUUAUAGAUGCUGUUCCCGCCGAAAAGAAAGAAGAGAGAAAGGAAAUACCUACGCUGGACCAAAUUGCACCAAGAUGCGUCAUGAGUACUGGGCUCACAGCUCAGAACCCCCGCUUGACGGCCCAAGAGUCAUUCUGCGAGCUACUCCGUUGGUGGAAAGACAGAAUCAUCGAGUCUUUUGGCUUGCAGCUGACCGACUUUAACGUCGCCAUGGAAAAGCGUGGAAACCCUCCCGAUGCAAAGAUCCCCGUGGAGUUCGCUUUCACUGCGCAAGAUGGAUCUGGAAAACCGCUUGGUUAUAUUCACUUCAUGAACAGCAGAGAUGGCAAGGGCGGCACCGUUACAGUCGCUGUACGAGACGUGACUCUGCAGCCGAAGAUGGUACUCCCAGACGUCGAGCCCCCCAAGGAACCCCGAGAUGUUCGAUUCACCCACCGUCCAGAGCUCGGCUUGGGAAGAGCCGUUCUCAACUUUUUAGGUGCCGGUACAAACCAUGGUGUCACCUGCAGAACGGGUAGUUACAAAUACAAGUUCAACUUUGACCCAGAUGGCGAGCUCAAGGCCUUUCUGACAGCCAUGAACCAAGACAAAAUCAACGAGUUUCGACGAUCUACAGUCCCACAGGGCAGCCGAUAUGUCCCGUUUCAGCCGCAUCCGAAAACUGACACCAUCUUCACCAUCGGCGCUGACAGCAACGCACUGGGGAGAGGCGGGCGAGGCAGAUACAUAUACCGUUCGAAGGUCACCCCCAAAGAGUUCAACACGUGGUGCGAACCCGCCUUGUUUCUACAGGAUAUCAAGGAUGAUGAUAUCGUCAAGACUGAGAUGGGUGAUCUGAUCCUCGAUUCCAAGUUUCGUGGCGAAAUCUACCUCAAAGGCUUUCUCCUGAGUGACACGACCCGCAGGGGUUAUGCCAGCUUGUCGGAGAGGCCGCUCAGAUUCGGUUACAACAUCCUCUACGGAACUCCAGAUGAGAAGAUGAAGCACAUGAUGGUACUAUCCCACCAGCUCAAGGCCGGUGUGUCCUGGAUUGCUAAGACUUUCGGCUUGAAACCCGAAUACGAAAUCAAUCUCCCGAACUUCGGUCGACAGGCAGUAGAAUUGCGAGACUCGUACUGGUCUAUCUCGAAGCCCUACAACACGUUCUAUAGAAAGUUGUACAAUCAUAUUCCUCGAUUGCUUAAAGAAGAGCCGGUUUCUAUACCUGAUACUCAAUUCGCCGUAUUUGUCGACAAGGCUCUUCAGUCCUGUCUAUUUGCAUACAAACAUACAGAAACUCUCCGCGUCAUGUUUUUCGACGCACUACGGUUUCCUCAUUGGGCUAUUUUAGUUGACGAUGAUGUCGUCAGAGUACCCAACAAGUGGCUCGAUCAUAGAAAUUUGGGGCUGAGCUUUGACAUUCUGAGAGAUGCGUCACUGGCGGAUUUGAUGGUGGCAAUUCCGAGCAUCCUGUUUCAUUUCGUCCUCAAGCAGGUCGUCAUUGGCAAAGAGUCCUUUGACCGACAAAAAGCCAUUGCGAGACGGAGGUUGCUGGACUAUACACGAGAACAGCUUCACUCUAAGGUGCUGAAUCUGAACUUUGAGCCUGGUUCAGGGGCAAACUUAGCAAAUGUCUCUUGGGAGGCUACGUUUUCCCCACGGAGUGGUUCAAACUAUCAUGUCCAGCUGCACCAGACAGAAACAUGUUCGGAUCACUGGAACGCUGUUCUCGUUCGAGACAUCCUCCCCACAAGUCCAACCUGCAUCAAGGAUACAUGCCACAUCUCGGAGGUGUAUAUCACAAAGGAGUUCCGACGAUACUGCAUCAAAGAUUGCCUUUUGGGGCAGGAAUAUUUCGGUAUCGUCUAUAACCCCGAAGAACCUCUAUCCAUUCCCCUCGUCACAAGUACUUUCACCGUACCGCUGGACGUGAGCACCGCCGAUGAUCAUGAUGUUGAAAUGGCAUUGAAGGGACUCGAAGAUCUACAAAGCCAACCAUCUUUUUGAACGCCACCAGUC